AGCUUUAAUUAAACAAAAAGUAAAUAAUGUAUUAAUUAUUGUAAUAAAAACAGUGUUUAUAUUACAUGACAUUUGAUGGCAAGUCAUGUCCACACAUGACAUGUCACUCAUGUCUGUUUGGACCAACACUUCCAACACUUCCAACACUUAACAAUGACUUUGUGUCUUAUUUAACAUCAAAACAAAAAACAAUAGAUUAGAUGAAGUGAUGGCCAUCUUUGACACAAUUGAUAUCUAUUUGAGACAAUUAAUGGCAUUUAAUAAAUACUAUUCUGGUCGAAGUCUUUUACUAUUAAUAAUUAUAAUUUUGGUGACAACUCUUGAUGUCAUACCUCCGGUGUUAAGCAAAUUGUCAACAAAAUCAUCCAAUUUUACCGGACCAAAAAUAAUAGUGGGACCAAAAAAUGUGACGGCAGUGGUUGGCCAUAACAUAUCGUUUUUAUGUAUUAUUGACUCUAUAAGUGAACUUAAAGUACAGUUUUCAUGGCUUAAGAAUGGAUGGCCUUUAAUAGAGACACCAAUUGGUCCGACGGGACAAACAAGAGUUCAUAUGAUACAUAACGAUACAAUCGCUUCAUUAUCUUUGAAUAAUAUCAGUACAACUGAUGAUGGAUUAUAUCGAUGUGUCGCUCAAAACCAUUUAGGAGUCGUUAUCUCGUCAGAGGCCAGUCUUAUUGUCGAAGACUCCCAGAGCUUAUUAUUUGAACUACAAAUGAACGAACAGACUGUUUCACCGAUCAAGACUUCUUUGAGGGUCACAAGAGAGUCGGCAAAUAAUAAUAAGCCUAUGGUUUCGUCAUACUGUGCUCCUUAUACGGGAACCGUAUGCCGCAAAUAUAUACCACCAAAUAGUUUGGUUUUCUUUAACUUAACCACCGAUGACUUUGGCGUUCCUUUUCAGUUGAAUGAAAUGAUUGCUCAAAAUUUAUGGACAGAACUGAUAUCAUCACUUCAGGAGCCAUGUCGUAGUGCAGCUGAGACUUUGUUGUGUUACUAUGCAUUUCCUCAGUGCCACUACACUCAGGGAUCUCCUGUCAGUAAAAUACUUUGUAAGGAGGAUUGCAUAGCUGUAAGGGAAUCCCUUUGCAACCGGGAGUGGGCUCUACUCGAAGAUAACAAACAAAAGGGAAUAUUUUUCAAAUCUCGCGGACAUUUCCGACUUCCUGAGUGUGAUCUACUUCCAAGUCAUGGCAACUUAACAGACCCUCCCUGUUCUCACGCGAGCCUAACUACCAUUCAAUACGAUCAGGUCAGUCAUCAUUGUGUCAAAAAUAGAGGAAGAUUUUAUCAGGGAUACACCAAUGUCACUAAAGAAGGCAUACCAUGUCAAAGAUGGGACAGUCAAGUGCCUCACACUCAUAAUAGGCCACCCUUUGUGUUCCCAGAGAUCUGGAACUCUGAAAAUUAUUGUCGAAAUGCCGGAGGAGAAGAACCACAUCCCUGGUGUUACACAACUGAUCCAUUGGUUCGUUGGCAACAUUGUUACAUACCUUCUUGUGAUCAAGAAGUUGUGGCAAAUAACGAAACUAUAGAUCCAACUCUUAUAGAAAUCCUAUCGACGCCUCUUCAGACUACUUUGAAUCCGCCGCUUAUUCUUAUAUUGACUUCAAUUAUUGUUUUAAUCUUUGGUUGCCUUUUAGUAAUUAUACUAACAGUGUGUCGACUAAAUAAGCACAGGAGGAGAGGCUAUAACGCCACUCUUACUUGUGAUGUCGAGAUAGACCUCAGCAAACUUCCCUCCAAUUUUGCUUAUCAUUCAACUGCAGUCAAAUUGAAUCCUAAAUUAGAAGCCUUAGAGUAUCCCCGAAAUGACAUUAUUUACAUCCGAGAUAUAGGUGCCGGUGCUUUUGGCAGAGUUUUUAUGGCAAAAGCACCGAAUCUUAUGAAAGGUGAAGAAAUGACAUUAAUUGCGGUGAAAAUGUUGAAAGAAGAGGCAAACGAAGAUCUUCAGACUAACUUUGAAAGAGAAGCAUCUCUUAUGUCAGACUUUGAUCACCAAAAUAUACUCAAACUGUUAGGUGUUUGCGCUGUCGGUAAACCCAUGUGUUUACUCUUUGAAUAUAUGGGAAGAGGAGAUCUGAAUAGUUUUUUAAGAUCUUGUUCGCCGUCUAAUUACAUAACAAGAGCGCCAAAUAGCGAUACCUAUAAUGAUAUCCGAAUGAAUCACUUGGAUUUGGUUAAUAUAGCCAAACAAGUGGCCGCAGGUAUGGUAUAUAUGUCUGACCGUAAGUUCGUUCACAGAGAUUUAGCCACAAGAAAUUGCUUAGUUAGCAAUCAGAUGGUCGUUAAAAUUGCAGAUUUUGGUCUUUCGCAACGCAUUUAUAACUCUAACUAUUAUAAGGGGUCAGAACACGAUGCCAUUCCCAUCCGUUGGAUGCCUUUGGAGUCUAUACUCUAUAAUAAAUUUACCAUUGAAUCUGAUUGUUGGGCUUAUGGUAUACUCCUUUGGGAGAUAUUCUCAUUUGCACUUCAACCCUAUUAUGGUAUGACUCACGAGGAAGUUGUCAAAUAUAUCAAAGAUGGAAAUAUACUCAAUUGUCCCGAUUCUUGUCCGCCAUCCAUAUAUCAAUUGAUGAAAACGUGUUGGAAUAAGAAACCUAAUAAUAGGCCCGCAUUUAAAACAAUUCACAGAACUUUAUGUGCCAUUUAUGAAGAUAUUUAUAAAACUCAUCAAAAUAGUCGUUUCGAUAUAAGUCAAGUCCAUUUGUAGUACUAAUAUACAUAUUUCACA